AUGUCAGAACAACAACCAUUAUUAGGCUAUACAGAUAGUAAUAAUAUUGUCACACAUCAAUCAUGGUAUAAACGAAUAUAUGCCAGAUAUGUUGUGGCUUUAUGGGUCUUCUUAGGUUUUAUUUGUUUGUAUAUGUUACGUGUUAAUUUAUCAGUAGCUAUUGUUGCUAUGACUAUACCACGAAAUCUUAAAAAUGAAUCUGUAGAAGCAUGUCCAUCGAAUAUAAAUGAUUCAAGUAGUACUCCAACUAAGCAUGAUCAAUUUGAUUGGAAUCCUCGUACACAAGGUUUUAUACUUGGUGCUUUUUUCUAUGGUUAUACUAUUUCACAAUUUAUCGGCGGUAUUCUAGCUGAAAGAUAUGGUGCUAAAUGGAUUUUUGGUUGUGGUCUUUUAAUAGCCGGUAUUUUGACUCUACUUACACCAAUUGCAGCUCGAACUCAUGUUGGUUUUCUCAUUGCUAUUCGUAUUCUUAUUGGUAUUUUUGAGGGUCCAGCAUUUCCAAGUGUAGGUGCAUUAUGGGGUCAAUGGGUACCACCUUUAGAAAGAAGUAUUAUCCCGCCGAUUUCACAUGCUGGAAAAGAAGUAGGUGUUGUAAUCACAACUUCAUUAGCAGGUGUUCUAUGUGCAUCGAAUUUUUUGGAUGGUUGGCCAUCAGCAUUUUAUGUUUUUGGAAUUAUUACUUGUAUAUGGUUUGUUUUCUGGUGUUUUUUUUCUUAUAAUAAUCCUUUUCAUCAUCCACGAUGUUCAGAAAAAGAACGACUACAUUUGUCAACUUCUCUUCCAAAACCAAAGAAGUUACAAACACCAUGGUUAUCAAUUGCAUGUUCACUUCCAUUUUGGUCAAUUGCUAUUGUAUCAACUUGUAUUCAAUUUGUUUAUUAUGUUUUAUUAACAUCAUUACCUACUUAUUUUGCUACAAUAUUAAGAUUUGAUUUACAAAAGAAUGGUUUGAUGUUUUCUAUCCCUUAUAUAUUUCUAUUGAUUGUUAUUAUUAUAAGUGGUCAAGUAGCUGAUCAUGUUCGACAUCGACAAAUUCUGUCAACAACAGCUGUCCGAAAAAUACAAACAAUUAUUGGUUGUGUUGGUUCGUCUUUAUUUUUAGUACUUGUCGGUUAUGUUGGCUGUAGUAAAGUAGCAGCUAUGGUUUGUAUAACAUUAGCUGUUGCUUUUAUUGGUUUUAAUUCAAGUGGUUGUCAAAUAUCACAUCUUGAUAUUGCAAGCAAUUAUGCUGGUACUCUCGUUGGUAUCACGAAUACAUUAGCUUCAGUGCCGGGUAUUGUAGCUCCUUAUGUUGUCGGUGCUAUUACAAAUAAUAAUCAAACAUUACAUGCCUGGCAAUUAAUUUUUAAUUUGUCAGCUGGAAUAGGUCUUUUUGGUUGUGUUAUAUAUUGUAUAUUUUUUGAUGGUAAUGAACAAUCAUGGAAUCAAAGUGGUAUACACGAAGCUUCAACUGAAAUACAAGAAUAA